ACUCAUGUAUUCGCCCACGUGAACCCCGCGCUUUUGAGCGCGUAGCUUACACGCCACUCGAAAACUAAAUCAUGGAGAUCCCCACUGUCACUAUCGCUGACCUACGCGCUUUCCACGCGAAACAUUUCCCACACGCCCCGGCACCUGAGCAUGUCCUGUAUGGCGUGGAGCCUGAAGCUCAAGCAGCUGAAGAGUACUACGACGAAGCGGACGAUGGGCUGGGCUACUAUUCCGACGGCACCAAGCGCACGCUGACCGACGAACAAAUCGCCAUGUUCCGACACUCGGAAAUUCAUGCCAUCCUUCGCAAACGGCAGCUACGAAAAGAGGACGGCGAAAUAUCCGACGCUGACUCCAUACCUACGGUUCCAGCGUUAAUGUCUGCUGCCACAAACGACUGCUCCUUGCACAAGACCGAGAACGUGGACACGGCCCAGAGUGAUGCUAUUGAGAAGCCAAAACAGCAAUGGGCAACUACCAGCGCAACAAGCAAAGCUAAGGCCAAGAGGAAACGGGAUAAAUAUGCGAAGAGGAGAAAAGAAAAAAGACUGGAGAGAGGGCUCCCACGAAGAAGGGGUGGUCGCAAUGGUGCAGAUGUAGACGACAGUAGUGACGAGAGCGACGAAUGGGAUCCAUGGCACCAGGCUAACGGGCCGGAUGUGCAAAAGGACGACACUCUGGAUCUGGACUACUGAACAGAAAAAGAGAUAGCAGCUUCUUGGCUGUCGGUAUUCCUUGGUAAUGCUGUCUGCAACAACUCCGACAUGUGGUAGUCAGUUCUUGCCACUAUCGCAACACUGCGCAUGUGUGGCACAUGAACAUCCUCGAGCUGGACCAUGGUUCAAGUAACACCGUCAGUUGUUUCUCUGGUGAGGGUACGGAUGCUUUAGUGGCAAUUGUUCAUGGGUUCAGGUAGCAGAGAAUCAACAGUGGCUUAGGCUUGGAGAUGAGCCUCUAAAUGUUGAAGUAUGGAAUUCGAGUCUUGUUCGAGUACGAAGUUCGUGAGUGUAUCCUGGUCUUAUACUCAUAUACUCUUGUGGAUGACUCACACCCAGAGCGAAGCAGGAGUUCUAAUGAUGAAGUUCAAUACCCCUUAUAAU